AUGGCGCAUGUUAUUUGUGAUGACAUUUUAUUGAUUGACGAGACGCGAGGUGGCAUUAACGCUAGCUUAGAGAUGUGGAGGCAGACCCCGGAGUCAAAAGAUUUCAAGUUUAGUAGGACUAAAUCGGUAUACCUAGAGUGUAAGUUUUGUGGGAUGACUAAGGAAGUGGAAGGGGAGGUUAGGCUGGAUGCAGAAGUCAUCCCUAGGAGAGGAAGUUUUAAGUACCUUGGUUCUAUUAUACAGGGGGAUGGGGAGAUCGAAGAAAAUAUAGCACAUCGUAUUGUUGCAGGAUGGAUGAUAUGGAGACUUGUUUCCCGUGUCUUGUGUGAUAAGAAGGUCCCAACAAAACUCAAAAGUAAGUUCUACAGAGCGGUAGUCAGGCCAACUACGUUGUAUGGGGCUGAAUUUUGGCCAGUCAAGAGCUCCCAUGUCUAG